GGGGGAUAACCUGCAGAGAGAGAGAGAGAGAGAGAGAUACCACCGUGCAACCCACACCAGUGUCAUCCUCCAGCACUGUCCUCCAGUGACCUGCCUCCAUCGUACCCCCCUACCGACACUACGGGGUGGAAUGGGCUGGACUAGGUGACACAGUUAGCCAGCUCGCUAGUGGGUUAGCGACAGGGGCAGGUGAUGCUCGACAGUAAAGAACAAUUAACGGGAGGAGGAGGAGGAAAAGGAGGAAGUGGUGGAUGUCCACGGGGCAAAAGCACACUGAGGAAGGGAGCCAGCCGCUCAGCCAUCCCUUCCCUCUUCACCAUCAGGGAGGAAGAGGAGGGAAAGAAGCAGCGUGGGGCUCGCAGAAGGAGGAAAAAAGCGUCUUCCUCCCAGGGCACAGCGGAGGAGGGCGCAGCGUCCUCCACCUCCAGGGGGAUCUCCUCCGUCUCGGGCCAGACGUACACCGUCACCCUCAGCACGGCCGGCAGCAGCAGCAGCCCCCAGGGCAGCACGGCCUACAGAGCAGACUCUCUGCUUUACAACAAGAUCGAUGAGAGACAGAAGCUGGCCCGAGAACGCCGCGAACUGCAAGAGAAACAAAAUGCACUGCGGGAGGCUGAGUGGCAGGAGCGCGAGGAGCGCGCCCGGCAGCAGUACGAGAAGCACCUGGAGGAGAGGAGGAGACGGCAGGAGGAGCAGAGGUACAAGGAGGACAAGAGACGCAUCGCCGUGGAGGAGAAACGGCGGAAGAAGUUAGAGGAAGAUCAGGCUCGCCAUGAAGCGGUGAUCCGCCGCACCUCGGAGCGGAGUCAGAGGACCAGACCCAAGCCCAACCGCUGGUCCUGGGGGGGGGCCCUGCCCACACACACACCCAGCACGCACGCAGGAUUUGUCGAGUCAGCUUUCCUAUAUCAACUUGACCUUGCAGGGCUGGAGCACUUGCAGGGUGCUUACAGUCAGUCGCGCAGAUAUGGAAUGGCCUCACAAUAUUCAGACAGGCGGGCGGUCUCCACCAUGAAUCUGUCAAAGCACAUGGACCCCAUCAUAACGAAGCGCCUGUCCCACUCAUCCGCCACACUGAUGCACUCGCCAGACAGAGGUCUCCGUCACAUGCCUCUGUCGCCAUGGGAGAACAUGAUGGUGAACCGCCUGCAGCAGCCCACACACUCCUACCUGGCACGCAGCCGCAGCACAGCCAGCCUGGCCAAGGAGCUAACAGCCCUGCCUGUGUGUCCCCGCUCAGUGUCCUGCCAGCCCACGGGCCCCAUGUCCUUCAGGGCCCUGCAGGCCCAGCCACUGCCCCACUGCCGCAGCCACGACCGCAACCUCAGCCGCGGGACGCCCCCCUGUCCGCCCUUCUGCAAGAGGAACCUCGGCGCCAUGCAGCAGCACAAGGAGGGUGACUUCACCAGGAAGUCCUGGAGCAACCUGACUCUUCCGCUGGCUCCUACUCUGUCCGUGGCCCCUAGGAAACGCUCAUCCUCCCCAGGGAAGAAGAAGAGUAAAGCCACGUCGCCCUCUCCUGUCAGACCUCCACAGAAACCCAUCGGCCGACCCCUGACCCCCAAACUCAUCAAGUCCCCUGUGGCCGACGACCCCGGAAACAUGCGUCCGGUGAAGCUGACCCCCGAGAUCACCGUCGCCCCUCCCCCGACCUCCGCUGGAGGCGGGAAAGGAGGAGCGGAGGAGGCUGAGGGGGGGAACCGGCUGCUGAGCCCACCCCAGCCUCGGCCUCAGCCGGUGGGCCAGAACAGAAGCAGCCCGGAGCAGGCUCCAACAGCACCGCCUCCAGUCACAUCCAGCCCUGAGGCGGCGGCGGCGGGCAGCCCCGCCGCCCCCAGGGCCUCGGCGGGCACCACGGACCGGGAGGAGGCCAGCCGCAUCCUGGCGGAGAACCGGCGGCUGGCCCGCGAGCAGCGGGAGAGGGAGGAGGGGCAGCGCCGCGAGCAGGAGGAGCAGCAGAGACUUGCUACGGAGGAGAUGACCCGUCGUAAGGCAGAGGAGCGGGCGAGGAGGGAGGAGGAGGAGCAGAAGCAGGCCGAGGAGAGGAAGCUGAAGGAGGAGGAGGAGGAGAGGUUAGGCGAGAAGGAGAGACUUCAGAAGGAGAAGGAGGAGGCGGAGAAACUCCAGAGACAGAGGGUGGAAGAGGAGGCGCGGCAGAAGGAGGAGGGGGAAAGACUGAAGCAGGAGAGGGACAAACAUUUCCAGAAAGAGGAAGCAGAGCGCAAUGAGAGGAAAAAGCGCCUCGAGGAGAUCAUGAAGAGAACGAGACGUUCAGAUCCAUCAGAGAAGAAAGUUACACCUCGGAGCAACGGAGGCGAUGCAGCAGUGAGCCCCUCCCAAGAGACGGCCCCCAGUGCUCAGCAUCAAAACGGCAACGGCCACGCGGCCCCCAACUCCACUCCGGCCCCCCCCCCUGACACCAGCAUCUCAACACCCCCUGACGGCAGAGAGAACGGGGAGUUUGAGGAGGUGAUCACGCUGCCCCCCGGCUCCAGGCAGCGGCCCCCCGGGGAGGAGCAGCAGCAGCCGCCUGAGGAGAGGGACCGUGUCAUUGCCUUCAGGGAGAACGGCCUCCUCAAGCCUCUGGGCGGGAGGGACGACCUCACGGCCAAACAGGAGACAGACGUUGCCUGAAGUGUGUGCACGGAGCUGGGCGAAUGCACACACAUAACAGAGCGGUUGGAAGGAGAGAGUGACGGCACACAAGAGACUGGAGUGGUGGUGGUGGUGGUGGGGGGGGGGGGGGUCUACCUUGAAAUAAGGAGCGAGGGACCACCUCUAAGGCCACGCCCCCCAAGGUAAUGAAGUCCCCCCUCCACACACACACACACACACACACACACACACACACACACACACACACACACACACACACACACACACACACACACACACACACACACACACACACACCUCUCCCUCCCCCUGCGUCCUGCUGAUCUGAAGUGCACCGUAGCUGUCUCCCAAAGCUGGCAUUCUCCAAAGAACUCUCCAAAACAUCCCCAACAGAAGCUGACGGGAUUCUCGUCAACCGCACACUUCGUGCUUCCACUCCGGGAGUCGAGGAGGAUCGUCUCCGACCACGACACUUAGUUUGCCUCCGGGCGCGCAGUGUGUGGGGUCUGUUCUGGUAGGACAUCACCGCUCCCCUCUGCUUCUGAUGACCUGGUCGUGCCACCCCUGAGAUAACAACAGCAGCAGCAGCAUCGAAGAUUCCCACCGUAUACGUUGCAGUGGCUAUGGCUGUGGGGGGGGGGUGUGUUUAUAACGUGUAAUUCCUGUAAAAUAAGAUCAUGAAAAGUCUUGAUACUUUCUGUUGCUGUAGAGCGUAGCGCGACUUACGGAAGCAGCUGGAAUUCCCUCUGUGCCCCUAAGUAUUAUAAGGUUUCCCCGGUGUCAAUGAAACCUCAUAAUUCUACCGAUCAUGCUUUUCUUUAGAAAUAAUAGAGGAAAUAAAGAAUGGGGAGUGGCCUAGUCAUUGAUCGCAGUCCUUGGUGUUAAUUUAAAAUAAUCCUAUGUAAUGAACUUGUAGCGGUUUGAGAUGCUCCCGUUUACUGUAGAGUUUCUGCUGCUGUGUUUAGAAGACUUUAAAGAGUUGAGGGCUGAUAGGUGGAUUCAAAGAGAAUUCUCUCUCAGCAAAUAAUUAUAUGGGAAGAACUGAUUUGUAUAGAUUUAUAACAAUUGCUUUUAAGACCCCAUUAUUCAUUUUUCUUUGAUUUAAUGGUUCCUUUUCUUGUUUCUCCUUUAAAAACAAGGGCAGGUUGUUUUGCUGGUCCAAAUUGGCAGUGUUCGAGGGCCGUGGUACUUGGGUUAAAAAUACACUUUAAGGAAGGUCAAUAAAGGGUGGUCUUCGUUUUAUUUUUUUAAGAAGAAAACCAUGCAAGGGUGAGAUUUAAAUAGUGAAACGUAUGCAUGCUCUCUGAAAUGACCUAUUAAAGAUGGAGGUGAGUUGAUUGAGGAAUAAAUGCUGCUAUUUUUGACCUUCCUUUGCCUUACCGCAUUAUCCCAAAUGAGGCUAAGCGUGGACUUCGGCCCAAACUAGUCUUUAAAAACCAAGGGGUGAGAAAUAAAACAUGUGGAAUUGACCCUGGCUGCACGCUUACAGAAUCCUGGACUAAAUGUGUUUAGUUAUUGUGGCUCCCGUUCUAUAGAAUGGCUUCAAAACCACUUUAAUAUAAAAUGCAUUGAAACCAGGAUUGACUGGAAUGUUAUUGAAGAAUUAUGACUCUUGUCAUCUCAAUGGUAUGGGGUGUACAAAGUCAUUGGUACUUAUUAAGCAAUAAUACUUGAAAUGUAAUUAGGCUUGUGUAGACAUGUUUUACCGCAGACUGUAGAAGUGAGCCGAAAAGGAUCCUGAGAAUUAACGCUCAACUCCAGCCUCACCCCAGAUCAGACCCAUCGCUUCAAAAGCUUUGCACUUAAAACAGUUUUGUAUCUUACAGUAUAGCCCAUUGAGUAUUUAGAAACACUUGUUUAUACUAUCAAUACAUUGUAAUAAUACCUACUAUACUGAAAUGCAACGUAAUUAAGGUUAUUUGGUUUAAAGUGGUUGAAAUGCAGUAAAUAAAAUGUUUAUUCUGCAUCAGAUUCAUGAAGAGGAGCUUCUUAACCCUAGAUGAGGGUGGGGGAUGCACACUGGAAAUGCUUUAGUUUCUUAACUACUGUCCAUAAAGAAUCAUUCCCAAACUGUGCUUUAUUGCAUGUUAAUAAAGUCUUUAAAUUUG